AAAACGGUCAAAACAAGUUGAACUGUUCUUGUUUCUAGGUUAUAAAUGUAAAUACUUUGUAAAAACUUAAAAAAUGAACGAACCAAAGCCAGGAACGUCUAAAAAUGAUAGCAAACAAGUGCCCCAGAGUCCAUUUGGUGAUAUAAUAGAAGCAUCGGAUGAUGAGGCUUCAUCUUCCUUUUUUAUGAAGAAAUCUAGUCAAGAUAACAAGUCACGAAGCAACCAAUCUAGAGCUAGACAUCACAAUAAAAGUUCUAUAAGGAAGAAUCUCUUGAAACGUUCACUGGAAAGUCCAGCACAAAGUAGUGUAUCUAAGAAACCCAAAGAAGCAGUAGAUGAUUCACUAGUUUUUAAUGAAAUGUUGCAAAGGGAUUUGUUAUUACAAAAACAAGAGCAAGAAAAAUUAAAUAAAAGUACUGGUGAUGAUUUUCUUUCAAUUUCUCAAUUAAAUGAAUUUGUUGUGAAUGAUCCCUUUGCUGAGAUGAAUGCAACAACCAAGAAGACUAACACAGACUUAGAUGAAUUUCAAUUUACACAAUACUGUGAUAAUACUCAAUUCAUGAAUCAAAUUGAAAAUGCAAUCACUAAAAUCAAACAAAUCCACAAAAGUCAACCAUUGAAGAAUAUUUCCAAUACUCCACUAACUAAUAAACCUCUUUCAUUGAAAUCUAGACCAGAUAUAUUUGAUACAACCUUCAAUGAUGCCCUGUGUGAUCUAUUCAAGUCAUCACAGUAUAAAAAGAAGUUGCAGAGUUUUGAUUGUGUUGAGAAGACAAUUUGUCUCAUGGGCAAUAAUGAAUUAGAAAAAGAAUUUAAUUUAACAAUGAAUGAAGUUAUUGGAAAAACUUUCAAGAGUCCUCAACUUAUGAAAAAAGUUCUACAACAUGCCAAUGAGAGUGUCAACUUGAAUAAGGAUCAAAUCGAGUGGACAGAUGAGAGUUUUCUAUCAAAUGCUGACAUGAACUUUUCGAAAACAGAUAAUUCUAUAUCGAAAUUGUUAAAGGAUGCUUUAAGUGACAAUAUUAACAAAACUUUGACACAAAGUAACUUACAGAAUAAGACUCUCCAUGAAAAAGAUGAUACUGAGGAAGAUAAGUUUAUUAGACAUGGAGAUUUUUUUGCUUUGCCAGAUAGAGUCAAGGAUUUGUUUAAAGUUUAUAAAGGGAUUAAUAAACUUUAUGAUUGGCAACAUGAAUGUUUGAAUUUACCCGCAAUUGCCCAAAGAAAAAACCUUGUUUAUGCUUUGCCAACCAGCGGAGGUAAAACUUUGGUUGCCGAGGUGUUAAUUCUGCGAGAAAUUUUAUGCAGACGUAAAAAUGCUAUAUUUAUAUUGCCAUAUGUUGCUAUUGUACAAGAAAAAGUGUGGGCUAUGUCACCAUUUGCAGUCGCUUUGGAAUUCUUAGUUGAAGAAUAUGCAGCUGGUAAAGGUAACUAUCCUCCUAGGCAAAGACGUCGUAAAAACUCAGUGUUUAUCUGUACUAUCGAAAAAGCGCUGGGUUUAAUGAAUAGUUUAAUCGAGAAUGAUCGAACUGAUGAAAUCGGAUUGAUUGUUAUCGAUGAACUGCAUCUCUUGGGCGAUGGAAGUCGCGGCGCAUGCUUGGAAACUUUACUUACAAAGAUAAAAAUGCUUAAAAAUAAAAUUCAAAUGGUUGGAAUGAGUGCAACAAUCGGUAACAUAUCAGAACUCUGUGAAUUCCUCAAUGCUGAUGUUUAUUCAAGAGACUUUCGACCUGUUGAACUUGUUGAAUAUGUCAAGUGCCAGAAUGAAGUUGCUAUUGUUAAUAAACAAUCUACAGAUAGUCAAGAUAUACUCCUUCAUGAGAAGACUGUCGAUUAUUAUAAAAAUGCUGAACAUUUAACUAAAGUUGAUCCUGAUCACCUAGGUGGCUUGGUAAUGGAUGUUAUUCCUGAAGCAUCUUGUUUAAUAUUUUGUAAAACUCGUCAAAAUUGCGAGAAUGUUGCUAAUUUGUUGUGUAAAGUAAUAGAUCAAGACUUAAAAAAGCAUAAUUUUGAACAAAAACAACUCUUAAAAAGAGCAUUAAAAGAAGAAGUUGGAUCUUUGUGUAAAGUUCUAGCUUUGACAAUUGAUUAUGGCAUUGCCUAUCACCAUUCAGGUCUUACUUCGGAAGAGCGACGUUUAAUAGAAGACGCUUUCCGUCAGGGCAUUGUUUCUGUUAUUUGUUGCACGUCUACUUUAGCAGCCGGUGUAAAUUUGCCUGCUAAACGUGUGAUAAUCAGAAAUCCCUAUGUCGGUCGUGAGUUUAUAAGUUUAUCUAGAUAUAAACAAAUGGUAGGUCGCGCAGGCCGUGCUGGUUUCGGUGAAACAGGCGAGAGUAUAAUAAUAUGCACCCCGAAUGAAUUGGGGCGUAUCAAAGAAUUGUUUUUAUCUCCAAUGGAUAUUGCUUUAUCUUCCAUGCACGAGAAUUCGUGUGAUGGACUUCAGAACUUUCUACUUAGUUGUGUAUCUUUGAAAUUGGCUGUUACAAAGCGAGAGUUGCAGAAUUUAGCAGGGCAGACUUUAAUGGCGGUACAAGCUAAUCGUUUAGGGGUGGAUGUACGACAAGCCACGCGGCAGGCCAUUAAACAAUUGUUUAAAUGUGGCGCGUUGAAAACUACUGCGAUGGAGAGUCAAUGCGUGUUGAAUAAUAGCAUUACUGCUGAGUUGGAAAGCUCAAUGGCGUCAGUCACACAGAAUCCAGCAACACAAUCACAGCGGUAUGGACCACGCAAACCGAAAACUGUGAUAAAUGUUGACAACAACACUCCGAUGGAAAUUAGUAAGCUGGGAUCUGCUGCUAUUAAAGGUGGUUUAGAUUUAAGUCGAGCUCACAUACUGUAUGAAGAUCUUCUUAAAGCUCAAUCCAGUCUUGUUCUAUUCACUGGUUUGCAUUUAAUGUAUCUAGUUACCCCAUACCAAAUUGCUGAGCAAGUAAAUCCAAGGAAAUCAUUAUAUUAUUCACUGUAUACGAAACUGAACGAAAAAGAAGUCCAAACAGCUAAAGUCCUUGGUUUUACCGAUGCUGUCGCUGGUAAACUGCUUACAAAUCGUAAAAUAACCGAAAUAUCUGAACGCGUCAUGAAUCGUUUCUAUGUCACCCUCAUGUUAUACGAUUUAUGGAAUGAAAUGUCCGUGUAUGAGGUUGCAGUCAAAUACGAAGUGAAUCGAGGACUCAUUCAGAACCUAAUGACUUCAGCCGCAUCAUUCGCAUCAAAUGUUUACCACUUUUGCGGUGAAUUUGAUGAGUUUUGGGCGUUUUCACUACUGUUGAAAGGAAUGUCCGACAGAUUAUCACAUUGUUGCGUUAAGGAACUCAUCCCGCUUAUGAAAUUACCAUCGGUGAAACAGAACCGUGCUAAACAAUUAUUCAAUGCAGGAUAUAAGACUCUGCAAAGUGUAGCGCGUGCUGAACCUGAGAAAUUAAUGCAGGAAAUGGACUUUAUGAGUCGCAAACUGGCGAAUCAACUAAUUGCAGCUGCUAAAAUGAUUCUUUUGGAAAAAGUUGAAAACCUCAGAGAGGAAGCGGAAGAUGUCCUCGAAGGUGUCAACCUGAAUAUUUAAUGUAAACAUUUCAAUUAUUUUCUAUUUUUGUAUUCCAUAAAGGGAUUUGUGUCAUUAAACGAAAAAUCUUGUUACAA